CUCACAAUAUAUUUGAGCUAAAAUCAACAUGUCAAUUUAGCAACCUAUAACCCGUAUCACCUUGUCCUAAAAUUUACCCGCCAAUGCAUUUGACCCAACAACCUGAAACUUAACCUGCGAAAACUGUUAAUCGACUCAUUAAGGUUUAGACGCCAUCCGGAAUAUGUCAAACCGAACCCCAACCAAAGCCAUCAACAUCCCAAGCUAACUACCGGUUUACCUGAGCAUCCCAUAUCUCUUUUCUCCAUGUAAUUGUGAACGGAUCAAUCAACCUUAAAUCUAUUCUUCUGCUGCUCGAAUCUCUUUGGCACUUUGAUCACAGUCUUUCAUCUGAAUUGAAUUUGUUUCAACUGCAAAAUGGUAGUGGUUAAGAAUUACAUUUUCACAAUAUGAUGACAUCGGUUUUCUAAAUCAACGUUGAUGCGUAUCAUGAAUUCGCUUAAACUUUUUUCUGGACCUACUCGUCGGUUCUCCACAGUUUCUAAAGAACCUUCUGUAGUUCCAUGGAUCUCUCCUCUUAAUUACAUAAGAGCUAAGUUGCCGAAACUCGACCCUCCAACAGAACCUUUAGCAGAAGCCCCUAAAAGAUCCAAGUAUAUUUCUCACGAGUCAGCUAUCACGUUGAUCAAACGUGAAAAAGAUCCACAGCGUGUUCUGAAAAUCUUUAACAUGGUAGCUACUCAAAAGGGUUUUAGUCAUAACCACUCUACAUACGCUGUUACACUACAUAAGCUCGGCCGCUUAAAGAAAUUUGAAGAUGUCGAUUCUGUUCUUCAUCAAAUGAGCUAUGAAACUUGCAAGUUUCAUGAAAGUAUAUUUCUUGAUCUCAUGACUCAUUUCUCAGAGUCUUCACUUCAUGAAAGGGUUGUUGAGAUGUUUAAUGCUAUCCAACCCAUUGUUCGCGAAAAACCGUCGCUAAAAGCUGUUAGCACAUGUCUAAACCUCUUGGUUGACUCAUAUCAGGUUGAUUUGGCGAGAAGUUUCCUCUUACAUGCGAAAAAGACUUUUGAUAUACAUCCCAACACCUGCAUCUUCAACAUUUUGGUUAAACAUCACUGCAGAAACGGGAAUCUUGAAUCUGCUUUUGAGGUGGUGAAGGAGAUGAAAAUGUCUGAACUUUCUUACCCUAAUUUGAUCACGUAUUCAACUAUAAUGGAAGGUCUAUGUGAGAAAGGACAACUUGAAGAUGCCAUUAAGCUUUUUGAGGAAAUGGUCUCAAAAGAUAAGGUUGUUCCAGAUGUGUUGACUUACAAUAUUCUAAUUAACGGGUUUUGUCGUGGUGGGAAAGUUGACCGGGCCAUAAAGAUAAUUGACUUCAUGAAAAAAAACGGGUGCAACCCGAAUAUUUUCAACUACUCAACCUUAAUGAAUGGAUUUUGCAAAGUGGGAAAUCUACGAGAGGCGAGAAGAGUGUUUAAUGAGAUGAAAGGUGUAGGGUUACGCCCUGAUAAGGUUGGUUACACCACUUUGAUAAAUUGUUUGUGUAGAGCUGGUGAAAUUGAUGAAGCGAUCGGGUUUCUCAAAGAAAUGGAAGUACAAGUUUGUAAAGGCGACACCAUUACGUAUAAUAUAAUACUUGUGGGACUAUGCAGAUAUGACAGAACAUAUGAAGCUCUUGAAAUGUUACAAAAGUUGCCUUAUGAAGGUGUAUAUUUGGAUAAGUCAAGCUAUAGAAUUGUCUUGAAUUCUAUUAUCAAAUUAGGGGAUCUGCAGAAGGCAACUGAGUUGGUAGGAGUGAUGGCAAGUAGAGGAUUUGUGCCCCAUUUUGCUACGUCAAAUGAGCUUUUGGUUCAUCUUUGUGAAGAUGGAAAAGCUGUUGAUGCAGCCAUGGUAUUGGUCGUGUUGGCGCAGAUGGGGUUCAACCCCGAACCAAGAGUUUGGAGUCUGCUUAUUGAGGUAAUGUGUAGGGAAAGAAGGUUGCUUGCAACAUUUGAACUUCUUGAUGUAUUGGUAAGAGAAUAAGAAUUGUUGAACUUGAUAUGAACAUAUAAUUAUGAGAAUGUGUUUUUUGUUGUCA